AUGGCCCUUUCCGCAUCGGACCUCCAGACAGUCUAUUCGCUGCUCGUCAGCUCGUUGAGCGCUGACGAGUCCGUUAGAAAGCCCGCGGAGUCUACCCUAGCGCAGUGCGAGAGCCGCCAUGGUUUUUGCUCCUGUCUCCUCGUAAGUCUCGUCCAUCCCCCCACCUCCCUUAUUUCCCUUCUUCCUUAUUCCAAUGUCCUUCUUAUUAGUUAACUCACAUGCCCAAUUUUCUCGGAUGUUUGAUUGGCAUUUCCACGGCCUUGACGGAGUAGACACCUGUUUCACGGUCGUGCGUUAACUGCAGGAGGUUAUAAGUGCGAAGGAUUUGGCUUCUCAAGUGGAUGUCCGUCUCAUGGCUUCCGUUUACUUUAAGAACAGCAUUACUCGCUACUGGAGGCAUCGACGUGAUUCGACGUAUGUUGCCCCUUGCGUCCUCAGAUGUUAUAAUUUGUUAUAUAUUUUUUAUUCACGAGAAUCAACGACGGACGCCUCAUGCAUGUGUCAAAGCAUGAGAAUUCAAAGGGAUAUUUCUAUGCCUGAUAGGCGUUGCCGUUCUUUCUUUCAAAUGUCAUAUUUCUUUGUUCCUUUCUAUAAUUCUUUUUUGUUAGUUACAUGUUGUCCACUCUGAAUGCAGAGGGAUUGUCAAUGACGAAAAGAGCCAUCUUCGAAAAAAACUGCUGCUGCACUUGAGAGAAGAGAAGAACUUUCAGGUAGCCUUUCUGCUCUUGUUUUGGUAAUAUCAUCGUGGGUGAUGACUGACCGGAAUACAAUCUCACAUCUAGUUAUAUAAAAAUGAUCAAUAAAUGAAGACAGUAUACUUUUUUAUCGACGGGCUUUUAUUGUCACUGGCACGUCUGGAUUCUCUUUAAAUACAUCAUUUUCUGUUGGUUUUAUCAUUUAAGGAUUGAUCGAGUUUCUAUUUAUGUUUGCUUUCUAUGGUAUCACUAUGCUCGUUUACCAUAUCUAAUUAUUUGUGUGGGUUGGCAGAUAGCACUGCAGCUGGCCGUCCUUACCUCCAAAAUUGCUCGUAUAGAUUAUCCAAAAGAAUGGUAUUCUAUUCGUCCACUAUCUAAGCUUAUCCAAAACUCUGCGACAUUUAUGAGAUUUUUAUUGUUAUUCAAUAUGUGACGCUUCAUCAGAAUUCUCUCAAUUUUGUUAUGUCACACUAUCGAGGAUAGACAUGAGAUAAAUUGAUUAUCUCUGAAAGGUUUAUUGUUAAAUGCCUUGAAAAUGAUCGAGAUAAGCUAUUCUACAUAUCUGCAGGCAAAGAAGAGGAUUUGUUCUGUGGGAAGACGGAUGAUUAUAACAAAAAGUGCUCUUGUAAAUGAUGAGCCACUAUUCCUUGAUAGUGUUUGAAAUUCAAUUUAUUACUGUAAUAGAUAUGUUUUGAUGAGGCUAAUGCUCAUAGAAUAGUAGGAUUCUCAUUUUUCUAAUGCCUUCAACGUUUUCAUUUUAAUGUCCUGGAGGAAGUGAGGAAUUUUUAGAAAUGUGAUUCAAUGCGUUCUUUUCUUUGUAAAUAGUAAAAAUAUAUGAAGGCCUGUUCUCUCAUGCUGAGUCCAAUCGUGAUAUCAUUAUUUAAGUUAAUUUUUUUGUUUGCUGAAAGAAGGAAGUUGAAAUCGAUCACAUGUCAGAGAAAUCUUUGCAUGUCUUUUACUUGGGUCAUCAAUGGUUUAUGGCAAAGUAUAAGGAAAAGGGGUUAAGACCAUUGUUUUUCAUUGCCAUUUUGGCAGCUACCUUCUUCUUCCACCAUCUCGGCUCACUUUUUUUCUCAUCAUUUUCAUCGUUUCAUCAUCACUGCCAAUGGCCUUUGUCAAUACGCUACCGUUCGGAUUCACCUGUGUUACCUACUUCCCACCGUUUCAGACAGUGCCAUCUAGAUCACGAGUCGUUGUCCUAUUCACAUGCAAAUGCUAUAUACUAUCUGCUUGUAGUAGGAGGUGACGAAGAAAUAUAGGGUUGAGGAAUAAAAGAUGAAAGGGAGAUGCAAUGAUACUGAAUAAUCCACGGCUGAUGUAAGUUCACCAUGAAAAACGUGACACAACAUACUAGAGAAGAGCAGCUCUUUCAAAUAAAUACAAGGUAAGGCUGCGAGUAAUGAUUAAAGGUUACUUUAACUUCCCAAAAUAUUUGUGAAAUAGGGUGUGCUUUAUGAGGAAAUAUGUACCAUACAACAACCUUCCACUUGGAAACUAUUCCAAAGAAAAGCAAUAGUUCGCCUCAAGUAACUCAGCUUAUGAACUUCAGUAGCUUGGUGCGGCGCCUCAUCAUUAGCUACCCGUGGAGGGUAAUUCAGGCUAUGUGUAAACCCAAUUUCUCUCUGGUGAUUGCUUAUUCAACCUGUCCCUGGAUUUAUAUCACUCGUUUCUUUUAAAGUAAUAGUGUCCCAACAGCUUACAAAUUAUUGAUAAAGUGAUUUGCCAACUGUAUGUGCUAUGUUUUUGAAUUGGAUAUUAAAGUCUUCCCGAUAUGAAUCGCGUUUAUGACUAUUAUAGAAAGAACAUACCUACCUUUCUUUCUUCCUGACUUUCCCUGUAGGUUUUUCAACCCAAUGAUUUCUUUGCCUGCUUCAGUGUUAGCAAGCAUACUUGGUGUCAAUCGUAGAGAGCGAUACAAUCUUGUGCUUUUGACAAACAUAGCUUACAAUUAUGCAUCCUGUUGUGUCGAUGUUGCCAUUUAGAUAUGUAUCAACAAAACCUUGGAAUGUUGUGCUGCCUUUGUUAGAAGCAGAGUGACUGAUCCGUUACCUCAAACAAAGGCAGAUAAUACCGAAACUGAAUGUGAUGAAUGAGGUUAUUUCUCACGUGUAAAUGAUAGUGGGAGCAUGUGAUCACUUAAUGGAUGGGAUGACCUCCAAUGAGGAAAGAAUGCGGUAGGGGCAUACAUUAAGAGAACCAUCUGCUGAAAUCCGCUGUGAAGUUCAAGAUUACUUUCAUGGACCAGCACUAUCUAUAUACAAGGGAGUGAGCCCUACGUUAAUUGGUGACUGAACAGACCUAGGAGUGUUCUUGGAUCUAUACCAGGACAGUGACAUUCUACAUACCAAGGUGCCAGCUAUUUAAUUUUGUGGUAGUCCUCAACUGAGGAAAGGUUUUUAGUUGAAGGAGUUUCCUUUGUUUUUAGGUUGCAUAAAUCAUUUGUAUGGGAUAAGGUAUCAUCUAGUUUGGUCUCACUUCCUCUCUACCCUCCACAUGAAGUUCCCAUGUGGAUAAGGUAUCUUCUUGGCAGGCAUUUAGCAGUCAUGGAUUUUUUUUGGUCGCCAAGAAAUAAGUGGUUCACAGAUUUGAGUAUGAUGAACAAAAAAAAACACGAAGAUGUCUUGUCAGGACAACAUCUCCAUGAUUUGUGUACGCGUACUUUAAAUUGAGCAUUCAAUCCAAGUCACUAAAUCAUGAUAAAUUUACUUGGUGUUUUUGAUUAUUAGUCAAACGUAAUAGGGAUUGAAGUUCAAGGUCAAGGUCCACCUUAACUUAUCCCAUGAAACCAUUCCUUAACUCCAAAUUUGUAGGAAUUCCGAGUUAGUAACUGGUAUAAUAACAUGUUUUGCAGGCGGAUAUCUGUGCUGGUCCAUUUUCUUCUUCUCUGUGUGUGAAAUUCAGGACAUUCGAAUAUUUUUCUGCUUAAAAAUAGUUUGGGAACUUUAUUACUGAGUAAACUGACAACAUCCAGUAGAAGUGCUUAAACAGGUGAUAUUAUUGAUCACAUGACUUUCAUUAACACCCGUCAUAUUGAUGUUUAAGGCGGGUGUUCUGUGGUGCAUUAUUGUAGACUAUUUUGAUGUAGAGUUUGGUUUUUAUACUCAUAAUAAUGUUUGUAUCAAUGCAACUCUCCCUUUUGCCCUAUAUGUUGAUCGGUAACCUUGCAAAAAGUGAUGACCAUUCAGGCCGGAGCUCUUCCCCACUUUGGCUCAACAACUCGAAUCUGCAGAUACUCUUGGGUCUCAGAGACUAUUUAUGGUCCUGUUUCAAAUUCUGAAAGAGUUGUCAUCAAAACGUCUUAGUUCUGAUCAGAGGAAUUUCCGAGAGGUAGUGAUGCCUUUUGUGUUAGUUUUAUUCAUUGUAGCGGGGCAUUAAGUUUUUUUGCAUAUUGUCGCUAAAUAAUUUUGUCAGCUUGGGCACCAGGUUAACUUAUUGAAGGUAUUUACUGCAUAAUUAAUUGAAAUGUAGUUACACUCACUAUACUAUCACGUAGUUGUGAUUAAUAUUCUACAAACGUUUGAUUAUAGGUACUACUGAUCCUCCAAGGUUGGUUUUUUUAUUGUAGUCUGCAUUAUUAGCCUUGUAAAGUGUGAAGGUCCCCAGUCCACAUUAUGUACUCCGGGUAGGUUAAAAGAGAAAAAUCCAACACAUUAGAGAUUUAUAUGUAAAUUCCGGAGGGAAGCCUACCACUAGAAGUGGUGGCAGUGGGGAUGGGGCUUAAGAACGCUGUGGAGUGUAAAGAGGUGGUCUGGAUUUGCAGUGGGACUCGGGAGAGAGAUAACCUUCGCGAAAGGUUAUCAGUAGUGUUAGGAGGGUUCCAAUUCGGAAUCCUCUUCUUGAUUUUCUUGUUUCUAGUUUUACUAAAUUUCACUAGCACUCUUGUUCGUUUCUUGGUUUGUGGUAUCCUACCAACCCCUUAAGAGUGCCAGUGGAAUUCAGUAAGAACAGGAACAAGAAAGUCAAGAAAGGGUUUCCGAAUGGGAACCCUCCAAGCAAGCACCAGUGAUAACCCUCUUUACCCUCCACACUGUUCUCUCCGCCCCACUUCUACGGUAGGCUUCCCUCCGGAGUUUACAUAUAAGUACCUGACAUGUGGGAUUUUGCCCUUUACCCUUCCUGGAGCGUGUAAUGUGGACUGCGGCCUAACAUAAAUAUGAUAUGGAUAGUGGCGGUGUAAAUGAAGUUAAUAUGCUUUUCCAUUUCCCUUGCUAUUUUAUGGAGAGAUAAUGAAGUAAUUGUGCUCUAUAUAUCUAUUGCCAUCUGGGGGAUAUUCUGGUUAGUCUAUGUCAAAAGUAAGGUAAACAAAUAUGUUGAUCCAUGUUGAUACCACUAGAGAAAAUCAGAAACCCAUGUAAGAGUCUAUGAUGCAAAAUCCAAAAUCGCGUAAUGGUUUCGCAUUAUGUUUUUAUAAAUUCAAUUCCAACACCGAGAUAGUAUAUUGUGACGAUCAGUUGGUAGACUAUACGAGGGGAGGACUAUAUGAAUCGUAGAACCAAUCGUUUGGAACUGAUCUGUCAAGUUUGGAAAAUAAUUCCUUUGAUUCAGUGUUUAGCCUUUACUAAGUCACCUCUGUCAGGCUGUUUCAUCAAGGAAAAGGUUCAUAAUACAUAUGUGAGCUAUCGUCAGCUGGGAAACAAUUUCUUACUGAGCUGGGUCACCUCAGAUCAAUGUAGUCUACUUGGUGCACUUUAUAUGAUUUUUUUCAAGUUUGCAACAUUUAUUGCAGAAAUAGUUCGUCGAAUUUUGUUCAGAGUCCAAUUUUGUUUUAUAUGUAACUUGCCAUUUCCAUGCAUCUGUUUUGUCAGAUAGCUUCACAUUUGUUCGAAUAUAGUUGGAACCUUUGGAAGACUGAUGUUCAGAAAAUACUCCAAGACCUCAGUGGCCUCUCUCAAUGCCUUCCUUCCAACUCCUUGGUUUUACAACAAGACAAUCUACUUCUAAUAUGUGAGAGAUGGUUACUUUGUUCAAAGAUAAUAAGACAGCUGAUAAUUUCUGGAUAUCCAAGUGACGCUACAUCUCUCGAGGUAAAUGUAAAAGUUUACGAAGUUCAGUCUUUCCAUCAUUUACUUAGAUAUGCCAUUUGUUUUAUGGUCAUUGUAUUUAAUUGAUUUCUCUUUCCAGGAUGUCUGCACUGUCAAGGAAGUCUGUCCGUUAAUUUUGAAUGCCAUCCAGUCAUUUCUUCCAUUCUGUAAGUUCUACUGUUGAUCUUCUGGACGUAAUCUUUCAUCUUGUGCUUAUACCUCUAUUGCUCGGGCAUGGAGUAUUCAUUUUUGCUUUAAAAUUCGAGUACCGUGAAUUCUAUAUAUUACCGGCACCUUAGUAUGAAUAUGUUCAUAAUUUGUCUGGUUAUACUCAACCUGACAUAGCUGGAAAAUCUUUUGACUUCGGAGCGAGCGUGCGUUCACUACAAGAGGGUAUGGCCUAUUAUGUAUUUAGGCUGGUCCAAGUGGACCUCCACCCACACAGCCAAUUCAAUGAUCCCACCUGAAUGCUUCCAAAUCUUUCACGCUGGAUCACCUUAACAAACCUAGGCUGUAUUGAUCCUGGCAAUACGCUAUCCUCAGAUAGCAUUAGUCACUUUGACAAUCCUUUUGUUCAUAACUUAUCAAAACAGGAAUGUUUGUUCAUAGGUCCUAUUACAUGUUUCUCCUGCAAACAGGGAGUAUGCAAUUUCAAGGUUAAAAGACUUGUCCUCCAUGCAGCUCAUGGUUGGGAACAUCUGUCUUCAGAUAAGGAGCUAGAAACCAUCAUUAUCAUGAUGGAUGGAAUUCUCUUACAUUGUUCAUCCAUGUGCCCCUUUUCCCUUUUUGUAACCCUUCAACUAUCAAAGUGGACAAUGAAUUCAACUAUCAAAGUGGACAUCUGUGGCUAUUUGUCCACGCACUACAUUACAUCUCGUUCUCACAAAUCUUCAUGAAAAAUUUCUAAUUAAAAUAGCUUUGGCUGACUGAAAACCGCAUUCUAUCAUCGUCCUGACCAUCUUUUAUGUCAACUUGAUAUAAAAGUUGAAGAAGUCUAAAUCAUGAGGUUUUUUUAAUUGCUACUGAAUGCAUCAUAGCCUGCGGGAUGGAUUUCCCCCUGUCAACAGAUAACUUAACAGACAGCACUGGUUUCCCUAGAAAUAAAAGUGUUCUACAUCCCAAUCUGAAAUGAUGUAACAUAAUUCAUUUAUGUUAUUUCAUUCAUAAUCAUGUGAGAUGUGGGGCUUUGCUCAAGGUUGUUCAUCAAUUAUGUCAAAAGUAUGAAUGUGCAUUAGUUCAUGGUUUAAGUGCUACAGUUGUCAGUGCUCCAUAACAAAUCAAUGUUGAUCUAGUAAAGACAUUUUUGUGUCAUUCAGUUGUGAAUUUUAUACUCUAACCAAAGCAAAACUGACGUCCUUGCCCUGACACUUUCCAUUUCACCGGGAAAUGAAGUAUAGUUGUAAUUCAAGUACGCUUUGUUUUCUUCAUCAUGGUUUGAUUCCUUUGGAGUGUAAACAAAGAAAAGGAAUCAAUAAUUAUUUUAAUGUGAAUUGGCUUAAAGAUAUAGAUUUCUGUCUACUUUUUGCAGUUUUUUCACGACAUGAUUUUUACAAUGCAGACUCCUCUUUCCAGGAAGGGAAUGACCGACUCUGGGAGUUCGUAAAACAAGUAUGCACAAAGCUGAUGAAGAUCUUAAUCAGAAUACAGGAAAGACAUCCUUAUUCUUUUGGAGAUGGACAUGUCCUUCCUCUUGUCCUUGAUCUCUGUCUGAACAAAAUUACAAGUCCUGAGCGAGAGAUCAUGUCGUAUGAAAGAUUUCUGAUUCAAUGCAUGGUCAUGGUGAAGUCGAUACUAGAAUGUAAAGAGUACAAAGCAGUCCUCACUGGUCGCGUAAUUAAUGAAACUGCUACAAAGUGGGAAGAGAGGAAGAAGAGUAUAUCCAGUUCAGUCGCAGAUAUACUUGCCAAAAUUUUGCCCAAUGAAAGGAUUACAUUGCUGUGUAAUGUUCUGAUCAGAAGGUAGUUUAUCCUCCAUUUCUAAUCGUUCAUAGUCAUUUCUUUUAUUAGUGGAAGAGGAAAGUGCGAGUCACAUUUUGCUGAUCACUUCCACUUGGGAGUAUCUUCCUGGUCUAUACUAUUCCCUUGGUGGUCUAUUAUAUUCAACGUGGACCAAUUUUCAUUCUUCUCUCUCCCAGCCUAUCCUUUCAUUCUUUAUGUGAAUUUGAUCUUGGUUUUGUUUUUAGAUUCUCAGGGAUGUAGGUAGAUUCUAAUCACACUUUGUCUCCUAGUCUGUUAGUUGUUAGUUAUGAAUGAAUGGUCAUGCUCGAUGGCCUGUAGGUAGGUUCAAAUCACAAUUUGUCUCCUAUUAUGUGUACCACAGGCAGGACUAGUCAUUUAGAUGCGAUUAGGUGCAUUGCCCCUGCUUGAUGUGGGAAAUAUGCUACAUAUUUUUCUCAUGAUUAUUUUCAUCUUUUGCUCCUUUUGAUUAGGGAAAGAAUUUAUUGUUUGGUGAUUUUUUUGGUCUUAUUUUCUGUCUAUUCCUUUCUGUACCCGAUUGUUUAAUUUGUUGAUUCUACUCGCAAGGUAUGCUUUCAAUUGCAUGCUUUUUAACGCACGUAAAUAUGAUGUAUCUUCCCUGAAUGGAGUCCCUAAUCAUUCAUUUCAGACAUUUUUAAUUUUGUUCCUGAGGUUUUACAAUUUGCCUACUCUACAGGUACGUCAUUCUUACUGCAAACGAUUUAGAAGCGUGGCACCAGAGUCCAGAGUCAUUUCACCAUGAACAGGACAUGAUUCAGUGGACUGAAAAAGUUAGGCCGUGCGCUGAAGCAUUAUACAUUGUUCUUUUUGAAAACUAUAGACAAGUUAGUAUUCCACUUUGCCAAUGAUUUGUCAUUGUCAUGAACUUUGGCUAAAAUUAUUUUAUGUUUAUAUUACGUGCAGCUGCUUUCUCCUGUGAUUGUCUCUCUCCUUCGGGAGGCAAUGGAUAGCUGCCCUGCUGUAGAAAUUGAGAUUACUCCUCGAAUGCUCCUGAAGGAUGCUGCAUACACUGCCGCUGGACAUGUGUACUAUGAGCUCUCGGGCUAUUUUAGCUUGAGUGACUGGUAUAAUAUGCACAUAGUUUCCAUCUUUAUUUAGUGACUAUAUUGCACUAUCCACUUUCAAAAGAAAAAAAUGGUAGCAUAUCUGUCUGAGACGUGGAUCCUGAAAAUAUUUCUUGUUCGCUAUUGUUCAUUUGUCACAUUCUUAAAAUCACAGUUUGGACCCUGAAUCACAUCUCUCGAUUUCCUUUAACAAUUGACCACCCUGGACUCUGAUAAUUGUAGUUCACUCAUUGUUUGUGCUUAGCUGUUCUGUGGCAUAAACGGCGAUUUUUAGUCUCUGAUAUCUCUAAAUUUCAGUUCACUCCGUGUUUACUCUAAGUCAGGAAUACUGUAGGUGAAAUUCUUUUAGUAGUUGUGGCGUUCUUAAUAUCAAGGCCAUCUACAACAAGCGAAGUAUGCAAUUACUGAAGUCUUGCACGUAGAUUUCUUGUGUGGAUAAAAUAUAUUCAGGUGGUAAGGAAUGUGACGAGGUUCUAUUCUAUUAAAGGGAUUGUCUGUGCACAUUUACGCAUAAUUGAGUUUUGAGAAAAUGUUUUAUUUUUCUUUCAUAUAUUGUGCAAAUUGAGCCAUGAUGUCUGCUGAAUCCCCAUGAAACUAUAAAAUCCACGGAAUAGGUUGAGUUCGCACAGGGAGUUUACUGAAAAUAUUAUCUUAUUGAUUCUAGCUAGAGCUAUAUUUACUUAUCUUUAGAUUAUCCACUAUAAUCUUAUUAAAGAAAAAGGAUUUUCCAUAUAGUUUCCAUUCCUGUAAUUCAAACAAACUUGGCUCCUAGAACCAAAUUAUGGAGGUAUCCGAACCACAUAAACUGUAUCUGAAAGUAUUCAUUAGUUACAGUUUUCCAUUAGGGAUACCCCUGUCAAGUAAUAUUGUCAUAGGCUUAUUUGCAUCUAGUUCUAAGUUGUUCUCAUGUAUGAACAAAUCUUUUGGAUGCUGGUCUGAUGAGAUAGUAAACUUCUAACCACUAAAUUCUAGAAGAGAGGGAUUGCUCUGCACAGAGUCCCUAUUUAAGUGACUAACUCUUACAAAGACAUCUACUGUUCACCCUUCCAGUUCCAAAAUAUUCCACUAAAGGAGGAAAAUCGUCAUUCCAUUUACCAGUCAGGUUAAAACGUCCCAAUUUACUGAUAGUGACUACUUAUAGGGAAGUGCUGUCUGUAUUCCAUAGGCAAGUAUUCAUUAGUACAGUAACUUAAAUGUCAUGUAUGCUCCAAACAAUAAAACACCAUUGAUUUUUUCUUUCAUUUAUAAUACUGCAUUUGUCAUCUCAUUGAAAUUCAACGUUUUGUGCUACGCAUGCUGAUUUCUUCUUUAAAAGACCUAAAAUUAACGUCUAGUAUUAUCUCUAGUUCAUUCAACAGGAAACUUUGUGACAAUAAAAUAUGAAGCAACGGUAUUGCUCUCAGGUCAAAUUGUGUGAGAAGCGGCUGGGCUAUUUUUCUCCACUCGAUUUCUUCUAUCAUUGAUGCAUUCUUAAUGAAGAUGUUGGCAAUAUACAAAACAGUUAUGCAUCCGUUAGCAUAUGUGCUUUCCAAAAUGUGUACUGAGGUGAUAUUUGUGUUAGAUUUUGCCUGCAUGUCCAUGCUCAUUCAUACUUUCUAUAGGCGUAGAGUAUUAGUGGAUGGCUCUCUUUUUUAGAAUCACAGAAUUUCUUUGUUCAAUUCUGCUAACUGGAAUGAUGUUAUUUCUAAGUAGCACGUAAUCACUUAUCUAAGGUUGUUGAAUGUAGGUUUAAUGGUACUCUGUCAGUUGAACUUUCAAACUCCCAUCCAAAUAUGCGUAUUAUUCAUCGAAAAAUUGCAUUGGUACUUGGACAAUGGGUUUCUGAGGUCAGCAUUUUCUCUUGUACAUUUUGUAUUUCUUCCAAUGUUGCAUUCACUCAGUAUUAUUUGCUUUUGCUUUUUUUUUCUUUCUAUAUUGAUUUUGAAGGCAUGUACAUCUUUUCAAAUGGAUGUACUGUUGGAACAGAAGGAUAAUAUUUGGGUUUCAAUGCAUAGUCAUCAAAGCAUUUAUUUAUACACGGAGAAGAGAGUGUACAUUACAUCACAAGACCGAACAUGGACCAGCCUACUGGGCCUGUAUUCAAAAUGACUCACAAAUAUACGAUAAUAGGUGGCCUAUUAUACAUGUAUUCUGAUAGACUAUCUAAAACUCCCCCAAGCUGGAGCAAAUAUAUAAAUUCCUCCUCUAGAUUGUUACAGAGGAUAUGGUGACGUCUGGUGACGCAAACCAAACAAGAGUAAACACUGGGGAAAAUGCCUGUCAUAUCAAUUCAUUGAACAAUUGCUAGUUGCGUACAAUUACCCCUCCUCUGAAAAGGAAAACUACCUAGGUUGAAUCCCACGAUUUAUAGGAUACUCAGCCAAAUUAGGAAACUAACCAACAACCUGACACUUAAUUAUACGUUUUUUUCCCGCAUAUGGAAGACUACUACUUGUAAAGAACCGAAAAAACAAGGAACAUGUGCGGAAGAUAAAUCGAAGCUUAAUUUGGAGAAAAAGAUGCUGGUAAUGCUCCUGAUGCUGCUGGCAUUUCAGUACCCGCGAGAUGGGGCAGAAGCUGCAGAAGAUUGUGGCUGCAGAGAGAACAAAGAGGCAGCCUAAGGGGUAGUAGUAGGUGUUGUGGAAGAUGUUCCUGCCAAGGCGGACUGAGCAGCCUCAAUAACACAAAUGCUACAGUAGAGAGGACAAAGGAAGCAGUAGAAGCUUCAAUGCUGAGUCCAGACGGAAGUUGGGGAGGAAUUGACAUUUCUAGGGUUGCAUACAAGAAGUUUAGAGCUGGCGAAGCAAACAAAGCUGAAAAUGCCUGUGGCAGAUGGGGUGGUGGACAAGGUGGAUGAUCUUAAGGUCCUGUACUACUUGCUACGGAAAAGGGAAAAACAGAACUGGAAGAAGGCUAAGAGAGUACAUAUAGACCGAGUAGGAGAGUUUCAACUCAAGAAGAAUCUACAGAAUAGAUCAAGGAAGAGGGCAGCCUCAUCGUUCAAACUGGUGUACUGUUUCCGAUGAGGAAGGAGAAGAUGGACACAGAUACGGUGAGCAGCACGGGUGGCAGCUGGCUUCCCCUGAUGGUGCAGGAGGUGUCAUUCAUGACUCUGCCUGCGAGCAGAUGCUGCAAUGUGUGAUUUUGUGGGCAUCUCCUUCACAUUCUGUUGGCAGUUCGGUGAUGAGGUCCACAGAACUAUAGUGCAUGGGUGAGCUGCCAUCACUGCCUCUCUCUCAUCAAAGAUGGAGAGGUUGAGGUCAGCAGCAGUGGUCACGGCAAUGGCAGCAUGAGAAACCUUAGGGAACCUUAACUCUAGGCUCUUAUCUUGUGUUGAAAUAAACGUAAAAUAUUAGGGUUACAGUAUGUUGCCCCCUCUUUUCACCUAUUUAUGUGUAAAGAAGGGAAUGCGCAUUACACACUGUGACCUAAUAUAUGCCUGCCUUAUGGCCCUAAAAUGUAGAUGACUCAUACACAAUGGUAGUGAGCCUAUUACCUUCUACAUUCAUAUAUUAUUAAACACGUUAACACGUAUAUCUAUAAAAAUCAGUUCUGUUAAAUGGUCGCAGUCACUUUUAAUAUAGAGUGCAAGAGUUUUACCUACUACAGUCACUUUGUCUGUUAAAUUAAAAAUCUGCGUUUUCUCCGCUUCCUUGGCUUUAUUUCAUGCAAAGAGCGAAAUGUGUUAGAGCAAGCUUUGCAUUUAAAUUUUUAACUGGCAUGGAGUAUGGGUGUGAUAGCCAUUGUAUAGAUCUCACUUUGCAUUCCUCUAUCAGGACUUGGGAGCAUGGGACAGGGUUAGGUUAAGUACAUAAUCCAGAAGUCAAGUUAUCUGAAAAUACAGAAAAAGAGAUCUAGAGACCAGUGAGAUUUUACAUUUGGAAAUCUGAAAAAUAGGGUGAAAUUACCAAAAGGAGUUUGAAAAGGUCAAAUAGAAAAAGAAUGAAAAUGGGAUCCACACUUAAUGAGCCUGAACCGUUGGGUUAUAACUGUGUAACCAAUAAAAUACACUCAAUUCUACCCUAAUUGACAGCUGUGCUCCAUUGAGUUGGUUUCCAACCUAUUUUAUUAUGUUGGGUACUCAUGGUUCUGGCCAGCGAGUUCUGUCGACAAUAGAUUUACGAAAUGUCAUAGCCUUUCACUCUUAUAGCUUUGGUUCUGUUGUGAUUGCGUUGCCAUUCUUAUAGCUUCCACAUUGAAGGAUUUAGAGAGGUGCAAAUGAACAUGAUCUUAGCUGUAAAACCAUGCCUCUAAAAUCAGAAAAUGAAUCUUACUGUAGAUAUCAGUAUAUCUUUCAACAAUAUGUUGGAAAUCCUUGGCGAUCGUUAAAUCUUCAUUUGAAAUCGUGUGGAUGAUAGAUGUGGAAUGUCUACAGGUUGAAGUUUCAUGUGUAUUUGCCUCUAUUUCAUCUUAUGUUUAGUUGUCAAUUUUCGCUGCUCCUUUUUUUAUUUGCUUUAUUCAUUUUUUAAGUGCUCUGUGUGGUUUUUUUUGUUGGUGAACUGUGCAUUUUGAUGCUUGUGAUUAUUUCGUGUAUGUAAGCUUUGAACUUUGAAUUCUUCUAUGAAAUAUUUCAAAAUUUGUGUUUUCUUUCUUGCAGAUUAAAGGGGACACCCGAAAAAUGGUUUCAUGUGCUUUGAUUAGAUUGCUUCAAGACUCCGAUGUUGCUGUUAGGGUAUGCCUGCCAGUCUCAUAUCUUGAAUUUUGUAUUAUGCAAGUUCCCUUGUAGAAAUCUUGAAUAUUGAUUUUUCACUAACAUGAUGGGUGUGCCCUCCCAUUCAGCUGGCAUCAUGUCGCUCGUUAUGCUUUCUUAUUGGGGAUUGUAAUAUUUCUGAAGAAGGUUUUAAUGAGCUUCUGCCUACUUGCUGGGGUGCAUGUUUUAAGUUAAUGGAGGAUGUUCAAGAGUUUGACUCAAAGGUUGGUUUGUCUGACUUUCAUCUGUCCUUUGUGCAUGAUGUCAAUAAAUAUCGAUUUAACUGUCACAUGUCUCAGUGACAUCAAUGUUUGGGAUUUUUACCUGACCUAUUUAUCUGUACCUUCUUGUUGGGGGCUCAUUGCAUUGAUGACGCACAUCCGCGUGCUAUAUGCAUUUGGAAACCUCAUUAUAUUUUGUAAUAAAGCAGGAAUGAGUUCAUUGUGGUAAACAUCAUUAAUUCUUAGCAAUAAAUGGGAUGUAGAACGUUAUCAAGAAAAGAAGGCAUUAUGCAUGAGGAUAAGAACCUAAAAACAAUGGUACAAAGCAAUCAUUUAGAAGCCAUAACAGAACUUAUACACGAAGAUUUUUACAUUUUUUGUCUCUGCGUGGCAUUCUUACUAAUUCAUGGAGGUAUCUCUUCAUCUGGAAAUUUGAGCUAGCUCCAUUAAGAUCAUUGAGCGAACACCAAAGCCAUCAAUAAACUAAAUCGGAUAUUCAUGAAAGGAGGCAUCUACUGCAGGAGUCCUAGGAGCCUCUCUUCCUGAUGAUCUGAAGGCUUUUCAUCCAGAAAUUUGAAAAGUAUGUGCUUACUAGUAAGAGAUUUUUUUAUUUCAAAGAAGACUUGCUUAAAGAAAUGGAGUUAUGCUGGCCUCAGUGGGCUUCAUCACAAUAAUCUUUGUUUGGUCUUCUUCAAAGUGGAGCCUCAAAAGUCCUCAUUCUAGGACGCAAGUAAUCACUGUGAUUGGUCUUCACUUAAGAAGCAUACAAAGGUCUCACUAAAUAAGGCAUUCAUCUGUCUUGAUGCUAUUACCUUUUCUUCGUCUGAAAAGUUUCUUUGAAAUGUUCAUUUUGUAUUUGUGAUGGCGUUUAUUUGAUUAAAUGCUGUCUGAUCUCUGCUUUUACAUUCUGCCAUUGUGCUUCGGAAUCAGUAUUGUGCUAUUACUGAGUUCCUUAUUGUUGAUUCUACCAUAUGCUAUGCGUUCUGAAAUUGAGUAACUUUUUUCAAACUGUCAGGUUCAGGUUUUGAAUUUGAUUUCGGUGUCUAUGGAACAUGCUGGUGAGAAGAUAACUCCAUUUGCAAAGCAUUUGGCAGAAUUCUUCCAGAAAGUAUGCUUUUUUUUGCAUUUAUGAUUGUUUAGUUUGCAGACGUAGCAUUAUGUGGUUGCCUGUGCAAUUGUGGUCGAUAAAUUAUUAUGCUAGUUGACCAUCAAGCUUACUUGACAUUUGUUGUCGAUGACCUUACGCAAAGUCACUAUUUGCUCAAUCAUAGUCAUGAAACAUGCCAAAGCAUACAUAGUUUAUUUCGAUUUAAUUGAGAUUUAAUGUUCCUGCUGAGAAUCAAUAUAACCUUCAUGGUCAAAUAAUGUAUGGUCUUAUUAUCUGUCUGGAUAUAGUGUAGAUGCGCUGUGAGAUUUGGAUGUAUUAUUUCAAGCUAUUUUAUUAUUUUACUAUACUAAAAACCCGUUCCCACUUUUCCCUCUUUUUUGGCAAAUUGCUCGGUGAAAAGUAAUCUGAUUUUUGUUUUCUGAAAGAUGAUCACAAAUUGAUGUAACGAUAUAUUUUCUUCUCCCUGUUCCCAAAAUGACGAAAUAUUGUAGAUCGACUUAUGUAGAUAAAAAUAAAAAAAAGCAAUGUUAAUGCGCUGGUGAAGGAACAUCAGUAAGUAACCCCUGUUAUAUCAGAAGAUGGAAGAGAUUAUUUUCCUUGAUGCUGUAAUCUCAGGCACUACCUUGAAAUUCGAGGAUGUUGUGCAUUAUGUGGCGUAAGAUUGACCACUUUGUUCAGCCUGUAAACUGGCUGUAAGCUGAGGAAAUGGAUAUUAAGUGCAUGGAAGGGUGUUCAAAGACAUAAUUUGAUCUGGGGUGAUAUGUAGUCAACAAGAUCAAGAGAUCAUGUUCUUUUAUUAAUUGAACACAGUGGGUUAUUAAAGGUGCAUAUCUCUUGGACAGAUUUGUAACACACUGGAUUUCAAUCUAGUUUUAAGUUUAUCUCGGGUGUUGUAUUUCUGGGCCGUGAGGGAUUGUUUGUUAAACAUCAUCUUAUGUGAUCUGGUUUCUGUUUUGAUUCAAGGCUUAGUUGUUGGCACCAUCUUACAUGUUCAUAGCCAUCUGCUUUAAAAUCAGAGGCGUGUUCCUCCUAUUCAGAGAAUUUCUUCCAUUUUCCUGUAUGAUUGUGAAGACAUAAAGCAUAAUCUGUGAAAACUGCUUCAUUUACCAUAUCAGAAACGGGCCGUUCAACUUUUGAGCAAGAUAUUCACCAACUUGAGUGCUAUUUGGGGAUUUUAAUCGGUCAAACCUCUAGUUGAAUGGUUAUGCCAAGUGGUUUUUCGGUUCAAUCUGUCAUACUGUCUGGUUCCUUUUGGGAUAUUGAUACAAAUCUAUGUUCACUUUACAAGUCAAUAGCUCCAUUUUUUAGGUUCUGAUUACUGCUUAUUUAGUCUAUUAUUCAGCAACUUGUCAUCAAUUAUCUGUCUCAGUGCUUAUCUGUUUUAACAGAAAGUGUUGAAUUAUCUUGUUCAAAGGUCUUGGCCAUUUACAUAUUGUCAUUCACAGAAGGGAACUCUCUCCUGUGUAUAUAUAACCUUUAUGGUAAAUGAAUUUGUGUUGGGUGCCUUUCUUUUUAAAGAUUUGGGAGGAGUCUACUGGUGAAAGCUUACUCCAAAUUCAACUUCUAGCUGCACUGCGGAAUUUUGUGUACUCUCUUGGUUAUCAGUCACCCAUUUGUUAUGACAUGCUAUUACCUAUUCUUCAAAAGGGAAUUGACAUAAAUAAUCCAGAUGAACUCAACCUUUUGGAAGACAGUGUAUUGGUCAGUAUACAACCUUUUAGUCCUUUCCAAUUAUUGGUUAAGUCUACCUGCUUAGAUUUAUCCAAUUGGAUAUGGUUUUUUUGCAGCUAUGGGAAGCCACUCUCUCUCAUGCACCGUCGUUGAUUCCUCAACUACUAGAUUUCUUUCCCUAUUUAUUAGGCAUUAUGGAACGGAACUUUGAUCAUUUACAGGUCGGAUUCUUCUUCUGGGAUUGCUCUUUCACUCAUCUAAAGAUUAUGAAUUUGAAUAUUAAUUCUUAUGCUUGUCAUCCUUUUUCAGUAUAUUACGUGUUAUCUCUUGAUGCAUUGCCAGGGAAUAAGCCAUUCUUGGUUACUUCGCUCUUCCUCUGAUUGUUAUGUUCUUUGGUCACUUUUGUAAAUAGUCAGCGUUGAGAAUAUUAAAUUACACAAACUUUUGUAAUCUGAAGAAAAACGGGGAAUGUAAUGGAAAUAAAAGAUGAAGAGGAAUAUUUAAUCGAAACAUAAAUUUUCUAAAAUUGGGAAAUUCUCUCCAUAUAAUGUCUAUAUUAAUUGAUGAUACUUUCUAGUUUUUGCUGCCAAGAUCCCCGAAAUUAAGAUCCUGUGGUGGUGGUGGUGGAUGAUCAGUACUUUGACCAGAAAGUGCCUUAGUGUAUAUGAAAGAGAGCAGUCUGAGGUGUUUUCGGUUUUCUGAUGAAUUUCACUAUAAUGGUACUUGCCUCUUCAUUACUCCACUCAACAACUGUAUCUUUAAAUCCAUGUAUAUUUUGGAGCGUGAAAAAAAAGUCAUUUGAGAUAAUCUAGCCAGGAUUCCCACCUUUAUUAUUUUAACACAGCUCUAGAUGAAUCAUCCUGUUAUCAUAAUCCAGGUCUGUAAUUCUUCAAGGUCCAUGGAAACUGUUCAUCUCUUGAUCUCGUCUUUUUCCUGUGCCAGAUUAAAAAUAUAAUUUUGUUAGUUCCACAAGCAAAGAACCAGGGUGCCACGAAUCUCGUAGUUCAAUCCAAAUACAAUCUUCGCGUUCACCUACUGUGGUUACGAGCCCUGUAAAGCCGCAUACAAAAUGUUUCAGUCUUAGAACUCGAGACUUGAAUGUCGAUUACUGUGGGAUAAAAUCUUGUAAUAUAAUGGUCUUCCUCUCGUCCAUUAAGGCGCCAAGAUUCCUCCUUGUUAAGAAUGAAAAUAAGAGUCUAAUGAAAGUUCUUUUGACAACCAGAACCUUGUGGGAAAACAUCUCCGAAUGAGGAGGAGAACCGGAGUGAAGAGAGAGAUAAGAGGCUUUGAGAGCAACUAGACGAAAGCUUUUAGAGGGAUCUUUUUUCGGCGUUAUCUAAUGUUUAACAGCGUUUAUAUCUGUUUUUUUUUUUUGCUUUAUAUGUUAAUUUUCUUCUCUUUUCAUCAUAUAUGAUUCAUUUCUAUAUUUCACUGUGCAGGUAGCCAUCAUUAUCAUCGAGGACUACAUAAUAUCUGCUGGAUCUGAGUUCCUGAACAGGCACUCUUCAAGUUUAGCUAAACUUCUUGAAGGCAUUGUUGGCACUGUUAAUGACAAGGGCCUGCUCUCAACACUACCUAUAAUUGAUCUUCUAGUCCAGGUACUUUACUUGGAAUGCCUUUGAAAUCUGAGCUUUAUUUUAGCAGAUUGAUUAUGGCUCGAGGAAGAAUUAUGAAUUAUCUACUUUAAUGAUCGUUUUUAAGCGUGUUGUCUAAAAAUUCCGUGUAAAACAGAGGAACACGCAGAUACAAAUACCAAAAAAAUGUGUCCCAAGAGACGAACAUUCUAUUCACGCUGUCAGCUUUUGUUAUGAUCUCUGGCACUUAUUUCUGCGAUUCAUGAGAUCAUGAUACUUGUUCUCUGAGAGAUUUGAUUACUCGCUAACUGUCAUGUUGUUACUUCCUUUUUCGCUGAAAAUUUUGAUUAAUGAUUGCCAUCUACAUCCGUAGCUCUAUGUUUUAUCUGUUUUCAUACCAAGCCUCAUAUACGCACAUUGAACAUUCAACUAUUCAUGUAGACAGCGAACUCAUGCCAAUCUCUGACUAGGAUUAAGGCGAGUCAGUCUUUUUUUUCUGGUAUGUUCUUUUGCAUUCUGAAGGACGGGGAAGGCUACAGUGCAUGGAUCUGAGUUCGUGGCGGAAGGCGAAGCUAAAUUCGGGAAGUUUAGCCUUCCAAGCUGUGGUGGAGAUCGAUCAAUUUUUUAUUUUUUCUUUAUUUUCGGGGGGGGAGGAUGGAUACUCUCUAAGGAAACACGAUCAAAGGAGACACUAGGCCCUUUACAGGCUACUCACUUGAUAUAGCGCUGUGCCAUAAGGUCAUUUAUUUUUUCAGUUUUUUACGCUAAAGAAAAACCUGGAUGGAGUUUAAGCCAAUCGUAUUUUUCACUGUUCUUUUAAAUAUAAUCCAGCAUUGUCCAAAUUUUAUAAGAUAAAUAUACUUUUGUUUUGUGCCGGGCUUAGUGAUGAUUUGGAGAGAAUAAUUCUCAAAUCAUUCGUGUUACAUAGUUUGGAAUAUCUCCAACAACUUGCAUGAUAAAAAAAAAUUUGGGAUUAUGAGAGAUAAUGAUAAUGAUGAUAAUUUUGCGUUUAUGUAACUCCAAGCAGUUGGAAAUUAUAUAUUUUCUUCUUCUUCUUCUUCUUCUUCUUCUUCUUCUUCUUCUUCUUGCAGUGCUUUCCCAUGGAAGCACCACCGAUGAUCUAUGGAACUCUUCAGGUAACUGGGGCUUGACGUGCACACUUCUCCUUUCCUUUUUCACCAUUUAUUUUAUUAUUUUGGGUCUACACCCAUGAAGUUUGCUGCAUUCUGAUCCAAUGCAUCUGGCGUAUGGUUUGUUUCUGUAGAAGUUAAUUGCCAUAUGCUUGAGUGGGGGGAAUGACCUUAAUCCUUCUACAGUAUCAGUUCGGGCAUCCUGUGGGGCCAUUAUAGCGAGGCUUCUGAUAUUGAAUACCAGCUAUCUCGCCCAUUUGGCUUCCGAACCCUCCCUCGGCUUUGUGCUUCAGCAGGCAGGGCUCUCUAUCGAUCAGAACGUCCUCCUUUGUCUCGUUGACUUAUGGCUGGAUAGGGUAAGACUCCGUUUCGUAACCCUGCAAGAACCCCCCCUUCUCUUUCAUGCAAAUCUCUGUAAAAACUUACCUUUCUGGUGCUUAUUACUUUUAUGGGUAAUCAUUUAACCAAGCUGGUUCCUUUGACUUUCUCCUAUAAUUCCUUGAUUAUGAUCCUACUGUGCUUGCCUCGGCCUCUCGUCUAUUAUUCUUUAUGUUUCCAUUAUCCUUCGACAACGUGGCUACCAGAAUUCUCGGUAAAGCUUCAGUUUUUUUUUUUUUUUGUCUGGUGUUAAUUAUUUUGAUGGGCGGGCUACUACUGCUAUAAAUGAUUGUGCUUCUGAUGUGAUAGACCAACGGACUUCAGAUUUCUGGGUGAUGGUCUCACUGUGAUCCACCUCCGAGGGACCAUUUUAUAUGAUCGUGGGUUCACACAUUUCAUGGAUCUGAUCCAUUCUUCUGUGCUGAAACCUCCCCAUCGCAGAUCGACAGCGUUACUGCGGUCCAACGGAAGACGUAUGCCCUGGCGCUGACGAUUAUUUUGACGCUCAGAUUGCCCGAAGUUAUGGAUAAACUCGACGAGAUCCUCAGGUACGCUCAGAUUCACCCUCGCGAGGUGUCUUCGGACCCGUUCUUUCUCUCUCCAGACCAAGAACUCAGGCCCGUUCUCUUUCUCUCUCUCUCUCUCUCUGAUCCAGUGUCUGCACCAGCGUCAUCUUAGGGGGAUCCGAAGAAGCAAGCGAAGAAGACUCCAGGUGAUUCUUCGACCAUCCGGAGCAAAUUCUUGUGUUCAUCCCCAGCUAAAGAUCUUUUUUUUUUCUGUUUUUGGCGCAGUGACACCACCAGCUCUUCUGGGCCCCUGAGUGAGGGCUUCGAGUACAAUGGCAUACCGAGCAAAGAGCUGAGGAAGAGACAGGUGAAGGGCACAUCUCUCUCUCUCUCUCUCUCUCUCUCUCUCUAGCAUCUGUGUGUGUUUGUGUGUCAUGAUUUGGGAUCGUGGCCAUGAGAGCAGAUCAGGGCGUCGGACCCGAUCAAGCAGCUGUCGUUGGAGAACAUUCUGAGGGAGAAUCUGCAAGCGUGCGCGGCUCUCCACGGCCAGGAGGCGUUCAACGCGGCCAUCAACAGGAUUCAUCCCUCGGCGCUCGCCCAGCUGCAGCGAGCUCUCAAGAUGGCCUGA